AUGGUGCAGAAUUCGUGGACGGUUCCUAUUCACUCUUUGUGUCCCAUCGUUUGUAUUAUGAAAAAGCUUAAACGUCUUCGUGCUGAUAUUCGGGUUUGGAAUAAGGAUGUUUUUGGUAAUGUUGAUCGAGCUUUGGAGAAUUGGCAGAAGCACCUGUUAGACGUGCAGAAUAGAAUCUCGGAGCUGGGAUACACUGAUGAGUUAUUUGAGGAAGAAGUUCAGAUUCAAGCUGAAAUUAACGUGGCUCUUUCUAGGAAAAGCAAACUUCUUCAGCAAAAAAGUAGAGCUUCUUGGCUCGUGGAUGGGGAUAGAAACACGGCGUUCUUUCAUAGAAUUGCUAAGUUUCGAAAACGCAAUGCCUCGAUCACUAGAUUGAAUAUUAACGGGGUUGAUGAAUAUAACCAGAAUGUUAUUGAACAGCAUAUAAUUCAUCAUUUUUCAACCCUCUUUUCUGAUGAUGGCAGCGUGACUGCUGAACAGAUCGAGAUUGAUGCAUUAAUCCAACCGAAAGUUUCCGAGACUCAAAAUAGGCUGCUCACUAUGAUUCCGGAUGAGGGGGAAAUUGCUGCGGCAGUUUUUGACAUGGAUGCCAAUAGCGCCCCGGGGCCUGACGGAUUUUCUGGCAUGUUCUUCGAAAAAUGCUGGCAGAUUAUUAAAGUGGAUGUUAUUCAAGCUGUUCAACGUUUCUUCAGUCACUCUUAUCUGCCUAGUGGUUGCAAUGCAAGCACUAUGAUUCUUAUUCCUAAAAAGGAGCAAGUCUCCGUGGUGGGGGACCUUAGGCCUAUUGUUCUUUCGAACUUUUUCUUUAAAAUCGUCUCAAAGAUUUUGGCCUCCCGUCUUAGUUCGGUCGCGGCUUCACAUGUCUCGCCUAAUCAAUUUGGUUUUAUAAAAGGCAGAAAUAUCCAUGAUUGUAUUAUGCUCAGUUCUGAGGGUUUUAAUUGUAUGGAGCGUACGAACAAUGGCAUCAACAUGGCUUGUAAAGUCGACAUCAGGAAAGCCUUCGAUACCAUUCGCUGGAAGUUCAUCUUUCAAGUGCUUAGAGCUAAUGGUUAUCAUGAGAACUUUAUUAAAUGGAUGGAAGUUAUUUUCAGAUCUGCGAGGCUCUCUAUCCUGUACAACGGCAAACUCACGGGAUAUUUUCCUUGCUCUCGGGGAGUUAGGCAAGGGGAUCCUUUAUCCCCUAUUGUUUUUGGGAUUGCUGAAGAUGUUCUGAGUUUCUUAAUCAGCAGCUGUGUGGAUUCGGGUCAUUUGAAGCCUAUGAGUUUUAGUCGGUCGACUCUCUUUCCGACUCACCUCUUUUAUGCCGAUGAUGUCAUCCUUUUCUGUCGCGCAACUAUUCGUAAUGCGAGGAAGAUUCAGGAAAUUUUUGAUUACUAUAGAGGACUCUCGGGACAAAGCUGCAAUCAAGAAAAAUCUAAUAUUUUCUUCUCCCGCCGUGUCCCCACUGAUAGGCGUCGUCAGAUCCAUCGCGUUCUUGGGUUUUCUGUUGGCAACCUGCCGAUGAAUUACUUGGGAGUUCCUAUAUUUGUUGGUCGGCCUCGGGCUGCUUAUUUUAUGAACAUCUUUGAUCGAAUUGUUCAGAAGUUUGCUCGCUGGAAAGGAAUCCAGCUGUCCAUUGCUGGUCGUCUUUGCCUUGUUAAAUCUGUGAUUCAAAGCUCUAUUGUUCACUCUAUGAUGAUUUAUAAGUGGCCCAAAUCUCUUCUACACUCUUUGGACAGGAAAUGUAGGAAUUUCGUGUGGACCGGCUGCACUGAGCAACGCCCGAGCUGCCCAGUCAGUUGGGGAAGAACGUGUUCUCCUUGGGAAGAGGGAGAUGAUCAAGGGGGUGGAUUGGGCUCAUCAAGUCAUGCGAACCCGUUAUCUCACGACUUUCGGGCACGCGAAACUAACAUUGCUAAUUCCUCCGUUUGGCUUGGUAUAAAGGACGAAGUUAACCAGCUGGUGGAUGAUUCUUAUUCUUGUGCUAAUAGUGGUGAUUGCACUUAUUUCUGGAAAGAUGACUGGCUUGGCUAUACGCUGAUUGACAAAUUGCAUAUCCCACAUUACAUGCAUGAUUUUCUGAAUUUCUCGGUCAAAGAUUAUUUCUUUGACGGUGUCUGGCACUUCUCUGCUGCUUUUGUGAAUCGUUUCCCUGAGGUUGUUGUCGAUAUUUUACGACUUCCUAUGAAUGGAGAUGCGGAUGUCAGGUUUUGGAAGAAGUCAAUUUCUGGUGAGGUUUCGGCUAAUUUGGCGUUUUCUAGUCGCUGCCACCGUUUCCCUGAGGUUAACUGGGGAAAAUGGAUUUGGGAGCCUUACAUUCCGAUGCGACGUUCUAUCCUUUGUUGGAGGGUGAUUCACGGCAGGCUUCCCACGAUGGACAUUCUCAUCAGACAAGGGUUAAUAACGCCUAAUAUUUGCCAUCUUUGCUUGAGCAGCGCGGAGUCUAUCUCGCAUACUUUUUGGAGCUGUCCAAAGGUGAACUUGAUUUGGAGGGAAUUCCUUCUCUGGUUUGAUAAAGAGGAUCUUAUUGACUGCUUGGACAUUCAUUCCUUUCUGGUUUUGGCGUGGUCGACUAAUUUCAGUUCUCAACUUCGGACUUUUUGGAAAGCUGGAAUUAUUUCUUUGAUUUGGAAAAUUUGGGACGUUCGAAACUCCAAGAUUUUCGAGAAUAUCAACUUUGAUUCUCAAAGAGUGUUGGUUUUUGUUAAAUCGUUCUUCAAAGAGAUUGAGACCAACUUCCACAACAUUGACUCCACCGACAGUUCCUGGUCUGAUUACCUCAUUACUAGGAAGCUUGGGAUUAUGCAGAGAGCUAAGCCACCGCCUCGCAUGAUUGAGGUUCAUUGGUGGCCUCCGACUAAUAAUUGGAUGAAAGUUAACACGGACGGCUCCGCUCUGGGUGCGCCGGGUUUGAUUGCUACUGGAGGUGUUUUUUAUUGGGCGGUUGUUCGAGGAUGUUUUCAUAUUAAAGGUGGUGUGGGAUUCGCCUUUGAAGCAGAACUUCUGGCUGUCAUUACAGCAAUCAAUCUGGCCCAUGAACGGAAUUGGUUGAAUUUAUGGAUCGAGGCUGACUCUAUGUAUGUUGUGAGGCUCCUGGAAACUCGCUCUUCUGACGUUCCUUGGCGUUUUAUGAAUUUUUGGAAGAACACGUUGAAGCUUUUGCAAGACUUCCAGCUAAUUAUUACUCAUAUUUACCGGGAGGGAAAUCAACCUGCUGACAUCAUGGCUCGCAAUGAUCGUACGGAAGGAUGGUGGCCGUUUGCUAUAGACGAUAUUAAUUUGGCGGUGGCCAAAGACAUGUCAACUCACAGUCAUCUCGAUCUGGUGCGUUACUCGGAGCUGCCUCUCAGGGCUGGGAAUGCAGCGUUGCACAGACUGAGUCUCGACAGCCAGAGUCGCGGUUCGGAGCUUCUUUUCCUAGGAUGCGAGAGACUUGGAAUUGCGGCGAGAAUAUGGAAUUUUACUGGACGUGGAUCCUCUCUGGUGCUAGUUCGAUUUGGCAGAGAUCCAGCCUUGACUGGGUUCGUUGGUUUGGCAGGAUGA